GCGGAGCCGAGGCGGAAGCGCCGGCGGAGGGCACCGCUGCCCGCUGUCCCGACCCGCCCCUCUCGGCCCGGCACUACCCUCGUCCAGCCGUGCCAGACCCGGGGGUCAGUGUCAUGUGACUUCUGUCCCUGACCACGAGCCUGAGCCGUAACCUCUAGGUGAAGAGAGUCAGAUCGCCCGAAUCAGGGUCUCUUGUGCCGGCCCCAUCUGUGCUGUGUGCCAUGGUGGCACUGUGGGCCCUUGCUCUGGCCUUGGCCAUAGGCCUGGCCAUUGCUGGCCCACCUAACAUCGUGCUGAUCUUUGCUGAUGACCUGGGCUAUGGGGACCUGGGCUCCUAUGGGCACCCCAGCUCCACCACCCCUAACCUGGACCAGCUGGCCGCAGGGGGGCUGCGCUUCACCGACUUCUAUGUGCCCAUGUCUCUGUGCACACCCUCCCGGGCUGCGCUCCUGACCGGCCGACUCCCAGUUCGGAUGGGCCUGUACCCUGGAGUUCUGGAGCCCAGCUCCCGAGGGGGCCUGCCCCUGGAGGAGGUGACCCUGGCUGAGGUCCUGGCUGCCCGAGGCUACCUCACAGGGAUAGCUGGCAAGUGGCACCUUGGGGUGGGGCCUGAGGGGGCCUUUCUGCCCCCCCACCAGGGCUUCCAUCGAUUCCUGGGCAUCCCAUACUCCCAUGACCAGGGCCCUUGCCAGAACCUGACCUGCUUUCCGCCGUCCACCCCCUGUGAUGGCAGCUGUGACCAGGGCCUGGUCCCUAUCCCACUGUUGGCCAACCUGUCCGUGGAGGCACAGCCCCCCUGGCUGCCAGGACUUGAGGCCCGCUAUGUGGCUUUCGCCCGUGACCUCAUGGCUGAUGCCCAGCGCCAGGGCCGGCCAUUUUUCCUGUACUACGCCUCUCACCACACCCACUACCCCCAGUUCAGUGGGCAGAGCUUCUCUGGGCGCUCAGGCCGAGGGCCAUUUGGGGACUCCCUGAUGGAACUGGAUGCAGCUGUGGGGGCCCUGAUGACAGCUGUGGGGGACCUGGGGCUGCUCGGAGAGACGCUGGUCAUCUUCACUGCAGACAAUGGGCCUGAGACCAUGAGGAUGUCCCAUGGCGGCUGCUCUGGCCUUCUUCGUUGUGGAAAGGGAACCACUUUUGACGGAGGUGUCCGAGAGCCUGCCUUGGCCUUCUGGCCAGGCCACAUCGCUCCUGGGGUGACCCAUGAGCUGGCCAGCUCCCUGGACCUGCUGCCCACCCUGGCAGCCCUGACGGGGGCUCCGCUGCCCAACGUCACGUUGGAUGGUGUUGACCUCAGCCCCCUGCUGCUGGGCACAGGCAAGAGCCCCCGGCAGUCUCUCUUCUUCUAUUCGGCCUAUCCAGACGAGGUCCAUGGGGUCUUUGCUGUGCGGAGUGGAAAGUACAAAGCUCACUUCUUCACCCAGGGCUCUGUCCACAGCGAUACCACGCCAGACCCUGCCUGCCACGCCUCCAGCCCUCUGACUGCCCAUGAGCCCCCGCUGCUCUUUGACCUGUCUGAGGACCCUGGUGAGAACUACAACCUUCUGGGAGGUUUGGCUGAGGUCGCCCCAGAGGCAAUGCAGGCGCUGAAGCAACUUCAGCUGCUCAAGGCCCAGUUUGAUGCUUCCAUGACCUUCAGCCCCAGCCAGAUGGCCCGGGGUGAGGACCCUGCCCUGCAGAUCUGCUGUCAGCCUGGCUGCACCCCCCGGCCGUCCUGCUGCCACUGCCCAGAGCCCCAGGGCUGAGAGCACAGGUGCAGGCCAGCCCAGGGCGCCUCGGCCCACCCAGGCAUGGCAUGGUUCACUGCUGUGGUGCGUGUGUGCGGAGGUGCUUUGUACCUGAUGAUGCUAAUAACACCAGCUGGUACUCAUAGGUGUCAUAAUUUAUCUAAUCCUUACGACAACCCUGAGGUAGGUGCUGGUCUGCCUGUGUUACAAAUGAGGAAACUGAGGCAUGGAGCGAUCCAGCAAUUUGUCUGAGGUCACCCAGCUGUAAGAGGUUGGGCAGGGAUCUGAACCCACCACCGUUGUGAUUGUGCGUCAGUGAAAGCUUGGUUCCUGAGUGUGAGCGUGUCCCUUCACGGAAGCUAUAGUAAGUGCUUUUGUGUGCCAGGAACAGGGUGGGGUGGGUGUGAGGGCAUGGUGGACAGAAGACCCUGAAGUUGCAGAGCACCCAGGAGCACCUCCUUGGAAGACGCAUUCCUGGAGACACCAGAACUAGGGCGCCGGGGCUCUUAGCAGAAACCUGUCUGAAAGCGGGUGAUGACCUACACAUUCCAGGUGGGAAUAAGGGGAGAUAAGCUCCUGAGAUAGCUCCCCAAGCUCUGCCUCUGCCCCUUCCAAAGCUCUGCGUUUUCUGCCUCCCCACACAUUUCCUGGCCUCUCCCCCCAGCAGACAAAGGCAUACCUCAGGGUUGGUUCCAUCCCUGCUCAAAACUCUGCAGGCUGCCCAUGGUGCUCAGAAUUCAGUUCAAACUCCUUAGAGGCCCUGUACCCUCUGAGGCCUGCCCUCCUUGGCACCCAACAGCCCUCAGCCCUCAGCCCUGGCAUGCUGGCCUGGCUGUCCUCUGUGGGGCCAGCGUGCUCUGUCAGUGGCUCUGCAGAGAGGACUCCUGACUGCCCACCUGUACCCACAUUAGCAGUGUGUAGGCCUUGUAGUCAGUCACCUUGUGUGUGUGCUCAUGGCAGGUCCACACAUGCCCCAUGUGGUCCCUCAGGCUUGCCUCGGGUGCUCGAGGGCAGCAUCCACUUCCCUACUAAUAGACCCCCGCUUUUCCAGUGUUGGGCAGAGGCUCGUUGACUAGCAGGUACAGCCUCUCCCUGACCCAGUCUGAGCCAGUCACAAUCCCGUCCAAUGAUUGGGCCAGGAAUGGCAUGUGACUAAGAGUCCUGGUCGGUGAAAGGUCAGUGGCAGUCCACCGGGAUGCCUGGGUCCCCUGCAGCAUUCUUCCUCUGGGAGCAGUGAGGAUGGUGCCCUUGCUGCCCCUGACCAGACAUCCUGCAGCUGCUAAACCAGUGUCUCCAGCCACCUACCUCCAGAGCUCGCAAUAUAAUAAACCUGUUUAAGUCA